UGCAAUGCUGUCUAGAAUCGAAUACAUUAGAAAUGAUGUAACCCAGAACUGUGAAGGCAAACUUUCAGAAGAUCUGUUCAAUAAAUACUGGGAUGAUAUCGCACAGGCAGUAUUUAAAUUGGUAUAUUCACAUGGUAUUGCAGAGGGCAGAGAGAAGAAUCUACUGAUAAGUAGACUACAUAUGUUGAGCUCAAUUGAUUUAGACAAACAUAAGAUAUGUAGAUACAUUGAUAUGUCUGGAACAUAUCCUGCUACGAUACUUCAAAAAAUAAUAUCUGAAUAUUGCACAUUAACGGAACAAACAAUAGAAGGCAUUCUAAGAUCGGAAAAACAUUAUCUGUAUCAUAAACGAUUCGUAACAGAAUCAUGUUGUGUAUGUAACGCCAAUGAUGUGCUUUUCUGUACGUACACCAAAGUAAUUCCAGAAAGGCUGUGGGACAUCAUGUAUGAGUGGAAAGAGGAUAUUGAUUCACAUAUCUGUCCAUCUAAUCUAGAAAAAUGCUGUGAAAGAUUUAUUCCUAAAAUGAUUGAUAAGUGUGAUUUAUCAGUGACUGUACCAUUGGUGCUUAACAUUCCUGAUAUGUUGGCAUUUGUAAUAAAUCGAUUAUACGUGAAUUUCGAUACGUUUCUUAUGAAUAACAAGCAUGCAAUAUACCAUUCCAUGGAGAAAAAAAGGUGUUGUAAUUGUGUCAAGGAUCCUACUGAAAAAAUAUUAUUCAAUAAAAAAGAAUGGAAUAAACUAUUUAGAAAGGAAGAUAGUGUAUCUUGUAAGAUUUCCCCUAAGGAUUAUUGCUGUAAGUACUCUGUGAUAAACAAUAUUAAAUUGUCAAACGUUGACGAAAUAUUAUUGUCCAAAAUUUGUCAUGUCACAGGCCCUAUUAGUGUUCUUAAUCUGAUUGGACAAGAUACGUUUUUAUACUUUUUAAACUGGACUGUUGAUGAACAAGCAUUAAGUGGGGCAAUAACAGAACUAUUGUAUGUGAUAGAAGAUGAAACCUUUCGCAAUGAUAUGUUACAACGAAUAUCAUCCUGCAACCUUCAUCAACUGUAUGAGAAUAAUGUAAAAGUUGAUGUACCGAGAUGGAUUUCAAAGCAAUUGCAAAAUCACAAGGCAACCUCAGAAACACUGUUCCCAAUGUUUGUAUUCGAUAAAGAUGAUCUUAAUGUGAAGAGUCUACAGAUUCCAACAGAUUUUUCUCUACCUAAUAGAACCAAAUAG